AUGGCACAAGGAGAGCUUUUGGUACUUUUCUUUUUGGCAUUGUUGUGCAAGGCGAUUGCUAUAAAAUCACAACCAAGCACAAAAGAGCCUAUUAUUAGCACAAUUGAUGGAAGUUUUUGCUUGAGUUGGAGAUUGGCAGUGGAAACAAAUAAUGAACUUCCAUGGAGAACAGUUCCAAAUAAAUGUUCACAAUAUGUUGAAGAUUACUUGAUCCAUGGACAGUAUGAAAGGGACCUGGAGUUGAUAAUGGAACAAGCUUUGGAUUAUGUGAAUGGUAUAUCCAUUGUUGGAGAUGGCAUGGAUGCUUGGAUUUUGGAUGUUGAUGACACCUGCCUCUCCAACAUCUAUUAUUACAAAAGCAAGAAUUAUGGGUGUGAGCCAUAUGAUCCAGCAGCUUUUAGGACAUGGGCAAUGAGAGGAUGGUGUACAGCCGUUCCUCCUGUAUUAAGGUUAUUUAACAAGUUGAUAGAUAAUGGAUUUAAGGUAAUACUCCUUACUGGAAGAGAUAAAGAGAUACUUGGUCAAGUUACUAUUGACAACUUGCAUAAUCAAAAAUUUAUUGGAUAUCACCGACUCAUUAUGAGGACACCUGUAUAUAAAGGAGAAAGUGCAGUAACAUAUAAAUCAAAUGUAAGAAAGAAUCUCGAAAUGGAAGGUUAUAGAAUAUGGGGUAAUGUGGGAGACCAAUGGAGUGAUCUCCAAGGAUACUCUUGUGGAAACCGUACAUUCAAACUUCCCAAUCCUAUGUAUUUUGUUCCCUAG